AUGUUCGACCCGGUACGGCGGCUCGUCAGUGGGCGCAAGGCCCGCCUCGAGGACGAUGACUUCUCGCUCGACCUGGUCCAGCUCACCGAGCGCAUCGUCAUCAUGGGCUUCCCGGCAGAGGGAGCAGCCGCCCUGUACCGCAACCCACGAUCCGACGUCCAGCGCUACCUCGCCCAGCAUCAAGGCCACUACCGCAUCUUCAACCUGUGCCCUCGCUGCGAGAACUCGUACGACGCCGCCCACUUUGACGGCGAGGUGCGGCGGUUCCCGUGGCCAGAUCACCACCCGCCACCUUUGAGCCUCGUCCCGCUCAUGGUCGCCGAGGCGAGGAGCUGGUACGACGAGGACGAACGCAACGUCGUCGUCGUGCACUGCAAGGCUGGCAAGGGCCGGUCUGGUACCUUCGCCCUGUCGCUCCUCCUCGCCCUCCCCGGCCUACCCUCGGCACCGGCGCUCAGCAGCAGCGACAGCAGCAGCUCGACGCCGGCCAAGAGCGACAAGGACGCCGUCUACGGUCCGCUGGACCCGCGAGCCGUCCUCGGCAAGUCGAGCGGCGACAUCUCGUCCCUGUCCCUCCAGGACAAACUCGAGUACCUCCUUCGCUUCCACACGCUUCGCCGCAUGGCGCCCGGCGCCAAGAGCUACGGCGUCAGCAUCGCGAGCCAGCGCCGCCUCCUUGGCUAUUGGGCCCGACUACUCGGCGGCGACGACCCUCGGCGAGCGGCGAGUGAGGGAGGGCGCCGGGUCGUGCUCGAGUACGUCAAGGUGAGCGGCAAGGGCGUGAGUGGUCUGGGCAAGCUGGCGGCAGGAGGGAGCGACCGCAUCGCGAUUCAGGUCCACCGCUACAAGAACUCGAUCGAGGCGUCUUUGCGCGCCAAGGAGCUCGCCCUCUCGUCGACCGCGCCACCCGAGCGCUUCGACGAUUCGGCAUGGGACGACCGCGACGACAUGAUCGUGCUCGCCGGCGGUCUCGUCGAGAGCUCGUCGCCCGGCCCUUCCUCGCCGAGCACGCCUGCUCGCGCAUCGUCGCCGCCGAGGGCAGGCGCGGGCGGCCGCAGGAGCGAGGACGCCGCCACGCCUCGGAGCGGGACCUCGACCGCCUCGGCCUCGACGGCGAGCCUCCCGACGAUCGUGCGCGCGACGCCCACCUCGUCCAUCUCGGACGGCGGCGACGACGACGACGGCGAGGCCGGGCUCCCGCCGCCGUCCGGCACGCACGCCCAGGUCGAGUCGGAGCCGGCGGCCGCUCCGCCUCGCGUGCGCGUCCUCGUGCCCGACGCGGCGUACCUCGCGCCGGACUCGGACGAGCGGCGCGCGAAGGACGAGGCGAGGAGCGUGGCAGAGAGGGACGGCGGGAUCGUGCUCGACGCCGAGCGCGAGGUUCAGCUGCGGUUCCUGCUCGGCAAGACGGGCGACAAGCACGCCAGGCUCAGCGCUAUGGCCGCACUUGCACUCACGUGGUUCGUCCCCGUCUUCGAGGUCGACGGCGCCGAGGCCGGCCAGCAGAGCAAGGUCGUCAUCAAGGGCAAGGACCUCGACUUCCGCAAGCCGUUUGCCGGCAUUGACGAGGUCGAGAUCGGGUGGCGGUGGCUCUGAGAGGAGCACGGGCGGUCGCUGUAGAAGAGGUGGACGAGGGAGGGAUUGUAUUGCCAACUGCGCCUCGCUACUCGUCCCGCCACCGCGCAAAAACUGCUCGCUCGAUGCCCCAUGGGUCCCGCACCACGUCCGUCUCGAGCUUCGCGCAGUCUGCCGCCCGCCAGUCCCGCAAGAGCCGCUCGACAGCCCUCGCCUGCCCUUGCCCGACCUCGAACGCGACGACGGGCGCCGAGCGCGGUGCACGAGAGCGCGCCGCGAGCAGCUCGUCGAGGAGCGAGACGAUGCGCCGGUAGAAGACGAGGCCGUCGUCGUCGUCGGCGGCGGCGGCGCCUUGUGCCCGAGCCCGCCCGUCGCCACGCUCUUCGCCCUCGCCGACGAGCGCGCCUCGGUCCUCCCACGCUCGCACGCUCGGGUCGAGCUCGACGUACUCGGCCCGAGUGAUGUACGGCGGGUUGCUCACGACGAGGUCGAAGCCGUCGCCGUCGGUGAGCGCGGCGGCGAACGACGGCGAGAACAGGUCGGCCUCGCGGACGGCGACAACGUCCGAGAGCGACUGGCGCGCCGCGUUCUCUGUUGCGAGAGCGAGCGCGGUCGGGGCGCGGUCGACGGCGGUGCACUGGACGGCGCGGUCGGCCGAGCGGAGGU